UAUAUAUAUAUAGUAAAGUGUUCUUGUAUUUUUCUUUGACCAAUAUUUGGAAUCUGUUGAAUCGUGAUAAUCUUCUUCUUCGUAAGCCUACGCAAUUCUCGACCUCGGAAAGAAUUGGGAAGAAGAAAGGGAAAGAGGAAAGAGGCAAUUCUCUAACUUUACUGGUUUCGGAAGGGAAGAGAUGGGAGAGGUGUUGUGUUCGAGUGGUUCAUCAAUUGCCAUUGACUCCUCCAACAUUGGCUUCCAGCUAUUAAAGAAGCAUGGAUGGAAAGAAGGCACUGGUCUUGGUAUUUCUGAGCAGGGUAGAUUAGAACCUGUACAAGCAUGUGUGAAGAACAAUAAAAGAGGUUUGGGAGCGGAGAAGAAGAGAAAGACACCAAAGCCUAGUCAUACUCCUGAUUCCAAGGCACAAAAUGAUCAGGAAGAGAAACCUACAAAGAAGACCAAGGCACUUUCCAAAAGGAUGCGGAAGAUGCAACAACGGGAAAAGCAUCUGCAAGAAAAGGAAUUUGAGCGGGCUUUUUUUAGGGAGUUUUGGCCAGAUAAUGUUUGACUUGCUAUUUGCAAUUUAUUUUUCUCCCCUUAAAUGGUUGUCUUGAGAAUGUAUACAGGCUGUUAGAAUCUAUAUAUACUCCAAUUCUGACGUGAUCUUUCAUAGUUUUGAUGUAUCACAUACGCUGGGUGGCAACUAGAGAGAUUACAAAUGAUGUGAAAAAGAUAUUUUCUGAGAAUAAGCUCUCCAUUCACUCCACCAAAGCCUCAGCAAUGGCAGGAGAAGACUGUCCAUAAAUCAAGGAGCAACAGAUUAGACCAUAAGCAAAUAUAUAUAUAUAUAUAUAUAUAUAUAUAUAUAUUGGCAGAACAUAUGCAUUAUUAUCAUCCGGCCAUGGAGAACAAUUAAGUAGAAAUUAGAUAUAUUUGGCCCUUGACAAUUUACAAUCUGAGUGUUGUUCACAGCAUUUAUCAUUUCUUUUUCUUGUCAUCAGCUCUAAUGACCUGAACAGGUGCUGCUGGUAUCCUAAACCACCAUUCUCUAA